UUCCUGGCAAAUUAACGGCACGAACGAAUGAGUUGAAUAUUUCAUUCAAAUUGACUAUAUGGAUCCAAGAAUUGCUUGGUAUCCGCCGGAACAGUUAGGUGUCGCUCAUGAUGUGUGGACAAGGAUAAUUGAAGCUCAGAUAGGCGUUGAUAACAUGUCUCUCAAUAACUCGAAUCCUAACUUGGAUCAUAAGCCUGCCGAGUUUAUUCCUCUGGAUAUAACGAACAAUUUUGAUCAGAAGUCUGCUCCGACGAAUCGACAGAAUAGUAUUCAUAAUCAGGAAAACAGUUUCAAACGAAAGAGAGACAAUCGUGCCAGUACAUACGGUUUGAACCAUUCGUCGUACAAGCAUUUGUUGAAGGAAGAUGGCGGCCUCACCCCUUGGAAGCCCAAGAAAAAGAAGUAUCAACCGGACGUUAUUGGGCUUCAUGAAGAAAUCAAAGAUUUCUUCAUGUACAUGUCUCCUACACCGGAGGAAGCAAAUAUGAGGUCAGAGGUCGUUCAAAGGAUACGGUCUGUGGUCAAAGACCUUUGGAAAGAUGCUUCGGUUGAAAUUUUUGGCAGCUUCAAGACCGGCUUAUACCUACCUACAAGUGAUAUAGAUCUGGUUGUGUUUGGAAAGUGGAAAUCUCCUCCCUUGUUUAUGCUGCAGAAGGCCCUCCUUGACAAGGGCUAUACUGACCACGCCUCCAUCAAGGUGUUGGACAAGGCCUCCGUCCCUAUUGUCAAACUCACAGACUUGCAGACUGAAAUUAAAGUGGAUAUCAGUUUUAAUACAAAGAACUCAGUGGAAAGUGCUGCACUAAUCAAGAAAUUUAUGGAGCAGUUUCCCAACCUGAAGUACCUGGUGUUGGUUCUGAAGCAGUUCCUUCUACAACGGGACCUCAACGAGGUGUUUACUGGUGGCAUCAGUUCCUACAGUCUUAUCUAUCUUACUGUCAGCUUUCUCCAGCUUCAUCCCCGCUAUGAUGCCACUAGUCCAGAAGCAAAUCUUGGAGUGCUGCUGAUAGAAUUCUUUGAACUUUAUGGAAGGAACUUCAAUUACAUCAACACUGGGAUACGGAUAAAGAAGGGUGGGGCCUACAUCAGGAAGGAGGAGAUACAGAAAAACAUGGAUAGCGGCUACAGGCCAUCCCUUCUUUGUAUAGAGGAUCCCCUCACUGAGGGUAACGACAUUGGUCGUAGUUCGUAUGGUGCUAUGAAAGUAAAGCAGUCAUUUGAAUAUGCCUACCUAGUCAUGACUUAUACUGUGAUGCCUCAAAACAGUCAUAUUCUCGGACCAAACCACAGUAUAUUGGGUAGGAUUGUAAGAGUAACAGAUGAGGUGGUAGACUAUCGUAAGUGGAUCAAGGACACUUUCCCUAUCUUCAUCCCCAACAAUCCCAUGACACAGCCAAGCAAUGACAAUCAUACCUGCAGCAAUGACAACAGAAACAACAACAGCAAUAACGUGAUCAACGCAAACAACAACAAUACAACACGCAGCUAUGCCAGCGUGGCCAAUAGCAGUCCAAAGCACAGUACAGAGGCAGUUGAUGCGAAAAACAGGCAAAGCAGUGGUAGUGUGAAGAUCUCUGAUGGUCCUAUGGAAUCUAUUGAGCAGUCGGACUCUAGCUCGCCCUACCAGUCCUCUUCUACCUCCUCCCCAAACAACAGUUGUAGUUCCAGUCUCACAAGUGACACAGACUCCGAGCCCGACCCCCAGCAUCAGCAAGAAUCUGUCCAGAAUACCACAGUCCAGCCCACCAAUUCUACCACCACCAAGUCCAGUCCCCGUUCCACUGUCGUCGCCACCCGUGAGUUUGUACGAAGCCGAGACUUCAGCAAGCAACGUGGUAGUCCCAGCAAGUCGCGGGACGCAAGUUCUAGCAGCGUGUCAUCAACACGGUCCAGCAACAGUUCCUAUACACCACGGGGUACGCCCAGUAAUACACCAGUUACAGUGCCCAGUCAUGAACAGGUUGUGGUGGAGGCCGUACCAAAAUACACACCCCAAAACAACAUUGGCUCCGGGGGUCACACAGGACAUUCUAGUCAAUCUGGUCCCCAGGGUGGCGUCCCUGGGGGUAAAGGGAACCGCUAUCCCCCCAGCGGGCACCAGGGCAGCAAAGUGUACAGCAGAUCUCAAGGCAAGCGCCGCAAAAACAGUGUCGGUGGCGGCAGUAUAGGGCAAGGUCAGGGUGCGCAUAUGUUACAUUCAGGCGGCCCUAGUAACAAUUACAACAGAGGUGGCAAUGGUGGCCGUAGGGAUUUCAACCAAAAUAAUAACAGCGCCAGGUAACACUGGCCUCCUUGAGAGAGUGUGUGAAGACUAAAAAAACAGUAUUUUGUGUGUGAAAAUGUGCUAGUAUAUAUAUUGUAUACGUAUAUAUAUAAGUUUGGCUGAUUCACGUUUAUGUGUUUGUUCGAGAAACAAAAUGUGUGCACAGGAGGAGAACAAGGAAUUCACACGAAAAUUUCCUGAGCGAUUUCUUCAUGUGUAUUUCACAGAACCAUGUGAUAUCUGCGAAAGACUUUGUGAUAUCUGUACAUAAUCAACUGACAUUUAUUUCUCAAUCCCAUCUACGUGUGUUUGUGAGUGUAUAUGUACUUCCCAGGCCUGGUUGUUGGUAUUGUCAAAAACAAUCUACAACCCUAAACUAACUACUAAGUGCCAGUAUUGAGGUCAAUGGCUGCUUCGAGUAUGGACACAAGAUCUGGACUGCCUUGAGAGUGGAUAUUAAUAUCAGAUUUAUUUUUCAUGGUCACAAUCAUCAUAGAUACAGAAUUCCAGUUUUUCUGACCGGUGACUACUUCAAGUAUGGACACAAGAUCUGGACUGCAUUGAGUGUGGAUAUGAAUAUUGGGUCCCAUUUUUCAUGAUCACUGUCAUUGUAGAUACAGAGUUCCAGUUCUUCUGACCAUUGUAAAAAAAAAUUAUAUAGAUAAAUUCUUGAUAAAUCCCAUGGUCAUGGAUACAGAAUUAUUGAUACAAGCUUCGACUGCGUUGAUCAAGGAUGUAGGAUCCUGGUUUUCGUGAUAGAUAUGACAUUGGUUUAUACAGGAUCCAUUGCAGAAUAAAGCACUUGGGCAAGAUUGAGAGCAGAGUUGCAUGUGUCUUGUUCAACAAACUUCUCUAUGAAGACCUUGAAUAUCACAGUGAAAUCCACGUGUCCAUGAGAAUGUGAAGUUAGUGUUCACAAUCUGUUCUCGUCCUUAGACGGGGAAGAUUUCGCCAUGGUGUAAUGUUUUGAAAAACAAAAAAAAAAAAUGGCUCUGCUGUUGUCGCAGAUUAAAAAAAAAAAGAAAAAAAAGAGAAAACAUCAGCCAAGACAAUAAUCAUUUUAUUUAUGCAUAUCUUGUAUCCAUGAGUAACUCAGUAUGUAUUUAUGGCAGCAUAUUGAAGACAUCAUACUCCAUAAGGCAUUGUUUCAGAAUAGUAAUGUAUUGAUAAUCAUCAGACUGUUGAACGGCAGUGUUGACUGGAUCAGGUACUGACUGAUUGGAUAACAGAGUGUAUCUGGAGCCAUUUUAUGUUCCGUAUGAUGCGUGUGUAUGUUUAAGUGUUUAAGAGAAUGAUUUGUAAAUUUUGUGGUAUUGGUAUUUUGAUGAGAGGUAAGUAAUUUGCAAAGGUAAUAUUUUCUCUGUAUUUACAGUCUGAAAAUAUUUUGGAUGUAAUAUCCUGCUGUAGGAAGAAAACAGGUGUGGCAGUUUUUAAGUCGGAAAGAAAAACCAUUGAAAAUUUCAUUUUCAAAGGUUUGCAGGAUAUCCACUUACAUGAAGUUGGUCAUUAAGCUCAGUACUUACUAUAGCAUAUAUAUAAGGAUGAUUUUUGUUUUUUUUUUUUUUUUUUGUUUC